ACACUGCGUUACAGUGUACCUCUGGAGUCAGUAGACAUCGCGCCAUCAGUCGAACAACACCAUCUCAAGACUUUAUUCAACGCUUUUGACAAAUCGUCAGUCCCAUGAGUUGUCGGGGUCGAAUGAGCAUUUGUGAAUAGUGGAUACUUAAAUGGGAUUUUACAUCGUGCACUAUUAGGAAGGUGUCGACGUUAUCUGUUUCUGUUCGCUUGACGUCCUGCGAUCUCUGAAUUCUCAAUUGGCUUUCAACGAUGGUUUAUCGCGGCCACUUGCAGACCGACGACCCCCGAGAUGCGCCAAAAUUAGUGCGAAUGACGCCACUCCGUUCCAGCGGCAGAGGGGACGUCCCUUCAAAGGGUUGGAGGCCACCUCCGACCCAUCAAGCCCCGAAUAAACUGUCCUUAGGUCCUCCAAAGCUCCGAAACAUCAGUGAGAUUCGUUCGAGUGUCGUCACAAGACCGCUCAACGCAGGCCUGACGAGCAAAAAAAUCGAUCAACCGGAGAGGAUCGAGAAGAAAGUGAUAUCGAGCUACAGGCCUCCGAUGAACUCGAUGCUAGCGAAUCUCAGGGACCUGGAGCGCCUCCGAAGCAAGCCCUCCGCCAAGUCGCAUUACGAGAGUAUUAAAUAUCACGAUGAGAGGGCAACGAGUGCAUUAUCAUCGCGACUUCUCCCAACAAGUGGUUAUGAAACUAAGAAAUUGAGACCUUUGGAGCCCGUGGGACUGCAAACGCCUCCUAGAAGACACAGGCUGAGUCAACUCGGUCGUAUUACACCUCCGAAGGCGUUUGAUGAUGACAAAAGAGGUGGGGAUCUUCUUUCUCCUAAACCCGAUAUUCUUGAAGGCCUUCUGCAAGAGUCUGACCGACAAUUGAAACAAUUGCGAGAUGAUUUUGACGGGGGAAUGGCCAAGUAUUGUGACAGCGAGUCGGAGAGUGAGUCCACGGAUAAUCGGAAAGAUCUCAAUCUUUGGAAUAAGAGCAUUAGUCAGAGAUGGAGGAAAUUACGAAGGAGGUACUCAGUACAGGAGAUUUCCGAGCCCCAGGAAGAUCCUCUGAUACAGGAGGGCCGUCAGCGUACCGUUAUUCAUGGUGUACGAUCUACUCCAACGAGUAGAGAAGCAUCACCAGCACCUAAGUCACGUGAUAGAACUUCAACAAAAAAGUUGCUUCAGACGUCGUCCUUAAGAUUGCCAGGUACUAGCCGAGGUAUUGCCGACAUCCAGAACGUCCUUCGAAACAAAUUCAGCAAGCUGAACGCAGGUAUCCGAAAGCGAAAAGCAUUGAGCGUCGCAGAAGUCUUCCCCCCGAAGGACGCAGUCUCGAGUUUCUACGUUCCGAGCCCCCUAUCGCCGGCAGCCCCCGAGAGGGUCGACCCCCCGGAGGAGGGCCCGCUCUCCCUCUCCCUAACCACUCCCCCCACCUACACCAGCGACGACAUCUACGAGAACACGAGCUUCCGGGAGCCCCUGAGAAGAUGUAACUCCGAGCAUCGAGAUCACUCCUACGAGAACGUGAGAUUCAAGACGUCACGGUCAAUAGUUGACUCGGACACCGAGGCCUCACCAAAGAAUCCCCAGGAGAACGUCUACGAGAACGUGAGAUUCAGGAGUAAAUCGGGGACUCGAAGGGGUUCGAGGAAGGACACUGAGGAGGAGAUUCACAUACCCAGGGUGAGCCCCAGGCGGCGAGACUUCAUUCUCGGAGGAAAAGUGACGCAUUACGCGGAGAAUUCGAGACUGUCUAGCCACGACAGAACAGACGGGACUUCCUCCCUGGGAACUGAAGCCAGCAGUGGGAACAAGUCUUCCUUGAGGUUCAGCAGUCGAAGUUUUGCGAACAUCUCAGGAAGAAGUGGAAGGGGUCAGCAGGACGUGCAGGCGUGGCAGGGAACCCACGAAGCGGAUGAGGGACUCAACACAGACUCCGAACUGGAGGACAUCCAGGAGACCCUGGAGGGAGAGGAGUCCCAGUUCUGUACGCUACCUCGACCGGGCAAGGGGAACGCUUCGUUCACGAUAUUAACAACGAGAUUCUUCAAGGGGCCGGGGUACAAAGGCCUGGGGUUCAGCAUCGUCGGGGGCACGGACAGUCCCAAAGGAAACAUGGGAAUUUACGUUAAAACUGUCUUUCCGAAUGGCCAGGCUGCCGAUCUGGGGACCCUCAAGGAGGGCGAUGAAAUAUUAUCCAUAAAUUCCAAACCCCUGCAUGGAAUGACGCAUGCUGAAGCCAUCGUCGAGUUCAAGGUCAUUAAAAGUGGGGACGUUGUGCUGCAUGUUGGCAGGCGUGUGCCGAAAAGGACGAAGGAGAAUGUUGGGAAGAGCUGUCGCAAGUCCUGAUGAGCCUAGGAGAUUUUUCAUUCCUGAAUUUAUUAUUUUAGGGUAGAUUGUGGUAGAUUUAACAUGAUCCAAAUAACUGAACGAUUAUUAAUCUCUAGCCACCUUUCCAAAGAUGAAAAUCAAAAUAACAGAUGGAUAUUUUUAAUAUGAGAUGAUUAUUGGGGGUAUGUUGUCGAUUAUUUCAAGGGGAAUUUAUUUGUAGUGUCUAGUCGAAUUGUUGAUUCAAAAUUUUUUUACUGGAGCGGAACGAACAAUUUUUUUAUCUCGAGGGUGAGUCCCAUGCUGCAUUAGUCACCCUAUUGCAAUAUUUUAUAUGAGGGGGAUUUAUACAGAUGCGUUUAUUUUGGGAACAAUAUAGCCGGAAUUUUGAGGGAGGGGGGUACGUGCGAGGAGGUAAUCACUCAUGAAUCUCGUGAUUACUUUUGUAACCCGUAAUGAAACUAGAUUCAUUUUUUCAUUUUUAUAUUAAGGGGGAUUAACGAUUCAAGUCGGCUUAGCUUUCAAUUAACUGAGUUUUCGAGAAAUAUCCGAAUCAAAGGGAGAUAGGAAAAUUUUCGUAAUAACGUUUUUUGUGAGGCGAA